AUGCAAAACAAAAACGAAAGCAAAUGUCAAAUAUGUGGUGACAACUCAUGUAGCUAUCAUUUCGAUGCCAUGACCUGUAGUUCUUGUAAAGCAUUUUUCAGGAGGAAUGCUCUCUUCAAAGUGGAUCAAUUCAAGUGCUAUUUGGGCGGUAAAUGUAUAAUAGAUGUGAACAACAGAAUUAAUUGUCGGAAAUGUCGUUUAGAUAAGUGUUUUGCAGUCGGCAUGAGAACCGAUUUAUUUCAAUCUGAGGGACGAAAAUAUAAGACAAAAUUAAUUAAAAGUAUAGAAAAUAAAAAUUCAAAAGAUGUGUCCGAAAACACGAAUCAAAUUGUUGUCUCAACCUGUAGUCCAUUUCCCGACAUAUCUCGGAAUAUCAUUGAUGAAAUUGAUCAUAAUUUAGAUAAUGUAGUAAAUGAUAAUAUUCCUAAUAAUACAUCAAUGAAUUCAAAUAUGUCUGAACAAAAUCUAUCGGUCACACCAAUUAUGAGGCCGAUCACUGAUUAUAGCAAUCAAUUCAAUGAAUUAGAGGGCAAUAAAUUGAGUGAAUUAUUGGACGCUUUGAAGAUUAUGAUGAAUCCAUUGGAAGCUAUGGAGGGACUAAUAAUUACUCCCGAAAUGUUUAGCGAUGUUUUCAAACUAUUUCUUACAAGACAUGAGAAUGAGAGCCGAAAAAUGGUUAAAAUGUCUAAAUGUUUGCCCGCGUUUAGUACGUUGUGUGAGCAUGAUCAAAUGAUUUUAAUCAAAUACGCCGCCAUUGAAAUCAAUGUCUUGCGAAUGAUUUUGGAUUUUAAUUUUGAUGACAAGUCCUGUAGAUUAAUGGAUGUAGUUGCUAAAGAAUAUUCAGAUAAGCAAGUACAAUUAGUGCGAGUUGCUAACAAAUCCACUUUUACAUAA